UCGGAUGUAAAUAAAUAUCACAGUCCAAUCAGUUUCGGUGCGGUGCGAAUGUGCAAAAUUCGUUAAAGUUGUUCAAAAUUUCUGUUUGAUGCAAAGUUUUCAUAAAAAAUGUCUCGUAUAAUCAUUAAAAACAUCCCGAAUGGGAUUACAGAGUCCAAGCUGAGAGAUCAUUUCAGCCAAUGUGGAAUCGUGACGGAUAUCCAGUUGAAGUACACCCCGGAGGGUAAGUUCCGAAACUUUGGAUUCAUUGGAUACGAAACGGAAGACCAAGCAUCGAAAGCAAUAAGCCACUUCAACAAUACAUUCCUGAGGACUUCGAAGAUAAGUGUAGCUCCAUGUGCUGCUCUGAAUGAAGCUAAGAGCCUGAAAGUUUGGAGCAAGUACAGCAAGAGCAAACAGGAUGUAAAGGAUUUGCAGAAGCAACUGGAGGAUGUGACUGUGAAACCGAUCAAGAAGAAGGGAGAAACGGCUGACGACAUCUUGCAGAAGCACAAAAAUGAUCCACUGUUUAAGGAGUUUGUGCAGGUGCAGAAUAAGGCCGGUACUGCCGUUUGGGACAAUCAGUUGCAACAAACCGACAGUGAAGGUUCUGGUAGUGAAGAUGAACCAGAGGAGCAGGAACCGGAAAAGUCUGAAAUCAAGAAAGAACCAAGCGUCGAUAAGAAGAAGGAGCUCAAAGUGGCGAACCUAUUCGUGGUCAAAAUUCACAAUAUCCCAUCGAAAACCAAACGGCAGGAUUUGCUUCGAUUUUUCAAACCGGUGAAACCGUACUCCAUUCGGAUCCCCCCGAAGCAAAAGGGCUUUGCUUAUGUGGGUUAUAAAACGGAAGGAGAGCUGAAGAAGGCACUACUAAAAGACAAAAGCUUUCUGGGUGGAAAACAGGUCAAGGUGGUUGAUUUCACGGCUAAAGAUCGACUUCGGUCCGAGGAGGAAAAGAGCCAGCUCAGCAAGAAGGAAAACCCCAAAUGGAUCCGGCAGAAGGAAUCGGUAUGCAGCGAGAGUAUAAUUGAGACGGGGAAGCUGUUCUUUCGAAACCUGGCCUAUUCGGUCAAGGAGGACGAUUUGAAGCAGCUUUUCGAAAAGUAUGGACCAGUGGCGGAGAUUGAUUUGCCAAUCGAUUCUAAUACCAGGAAGUUGAAGGGCUUUGGUAUGGUUACUUUCCUCAUGCCAGAGCAUGCUGUUCAGGCGUACAGUGAGUUGAACGGUACCUUCUUCCACGGACGAAUGUUCCAUCUACUGCCUGCCAAAGUUGAUGAGACCAAACAAGAGGUGGACGAGGACGACGCGAGUCUAAACUUCAAACAGAAAAAGGAACUAAAACUGAAGAAAACGGCACAGUCGUCGCAUAAUUGGAACACCCUGUUCAUGGGGGAGAAUGCCAUUGCAGAAGUUGUCGCGAAAAAGUACGGCAAAACCAAGGAGGAAGUGCUGAGCACCGAAGGAACGACCAGUGCUGCGGUUCGGCUGGCGCUCGGGGAAACCGAAAUCGUUUCCGAGAUGCGACAGUUCCUGGUAGAUAAUGGCAUUCAUUUGGAUGCGUUCAAUGGGGUUCCCAAGGCCAGAUCCAAUACGACGAUCAUAGCAAAGAAUUUGCCAGCCGCUACGGAAUUGAACGAGCUGAAGGAACGUUUCGACAAAUUCGGACUGCUAGGAAGAGUGAUACUUCCGCCUAGUGGUGUGUCAGCGGUUAUCGAAUUCCUGGAUCCCAGUGAGGCUAAGAAGGCGUUCAAAAAGUUGGCCUAUUCACGCUUCAAGUCGCUUCCCCUCUAUCUCGAGUGGGCUCCAGAGAACAUAUUUGCCAAGCCGAACACAUCGGUGAAGGAAGAUACUGAAGGUGAAAGUACGAAAAUCAAAAAGCCAAAGGCACCACCUAAAGACGAGCAGGAGCUCAAGGAACCAAUGCCAGAACCCGUGGAACCUGAGAAAGAUGAAUACUCUGACCUAUCGCCAGAGGAAGGCACAACCUUGUUCCUCAAAAACCUAAGUUUCCAAACGAAUGAGGAAAGUAUUCGUAAGACUUUUAGGAACAUGGGCCCGAUCCAUUCAGUGCAAGUUGUUCGCAGGAAGGACGGCGGGAAGAACGAAAGUCGUGGGUAUGGGUUCAUUCAGUUCAAACUCCGCAAGUCAGCUGAUUCGGCUUUGAAGAAUUUGCAAUCAGUUCACAUAGAUGGAAGGAAGGUUGAGCUUUCCCGAAGUGAUAGGACACUUAACACUGAAGCUGACACACAUGGUAGGAAAGCAAGUAAACUGAAGAAACAGACCGGCACCAAAAUUCUGGUCAGGAACGUUCCGUUCCAAGCAAAUGCUAAGGAAAUUCGGGACUUAUUCAAAGUUUUCGGAGAGCUUAAAUCGGUGCGCUUGCCGCGGAAGAUGGUAUCCAGCGCGGAUGAGAGCCACAGAGGGUUCUGUUUCGUGGAUUUCGUUACGGAAAAUGAUGCCAAGCAAGCAUUCGAAGCGCUGUGCCAAAGUACCCAUUUGUACGGUCGAAGGCUUGUGCUCGAAUGGGCGGAAGCUGACGAUGGUGUCGAGGAGUUGCGUAAACGGACGGCAGAGAAAUUUGCUGGAACCAGUGGAUCGAGUGAUGCAAAACGAAGUCGCAAAGGUGUUUUCGAUUCUUCGCAAAUGGGAACGCACGAUGCGGAUCGGGCGGAAGAUGUGGAUGAGAGUGGCGAUGAAGAAGGCGGAUUUUGAUUUACAAUAAAGUGUUAUACAAUUGUAA